AUGCAGCUUUCUGAGACAUUUAUUAACCUAAAGAUUUUCAAUACAAUUCUCUUUGGUGGCAUCUGGUGGCCGAAAUGGUCUGUGGUGGGCGACACCUUCCCCGUGGGCUGCAAGUUUCAAAACUCAAUUGUGUUCAGGGACAGCACCUUCCUCGACAACCCAGACAACAAAAACCAAAGCUACAAUACAGAGCAUGGGAUCUAUGAAGCCAACUGUGGUCUAGACAAAGUCCUCAUGUCCUGGGGUCAUGAUGAGUAUCUCUACAGAGUCCUGAAAUUCAACAACUGCUCCAUUCCUGAGGAGGGCAUGUACAUGAUCCGCUUUCAUUCCUUCUACCCCUGGCACUCCCAUGAAGACUACAUGCACCUGUGCAGUGACAAAGACCUGCAGAUGCUCCCCUGGGUCAAAGAGUUCAACAAAUUUGAUCUGUAUACAAAGACCACCGUCCUGCCUGAUGUAGAGAAGCUGAUGCCCUACUACCAGUCAAUCGUUGACAAAUACUGUCCUGGAAUACUCAAGUGGUAAAGGAGCUGAAGAUCACAGGAAAUCCACUACGCGAAACCAGCUGUGACAUUACUCAAAUUUGUCCUUCCUGCUUUGUCCUUGUAGCUGCUUGAUAAAGCUGGGCUUUAAUCCUGCUUUUUACGCAUUUUAGCGAUCGCUGACUAUAGACAAAUAUGUCAUUUGUGAAUACCAUAUUUUCCGGACUAUAAGUCGUGCUGGAGUAUAAGUGGUAUAGGA